UGUUUACUGCAGCAACCAACCAAGGCUCCCUUAAAAGCAUCUCACAUGCCCAUAACCUCAAUACGGCCUCUUCUGCUUCCCAGAAGGAGGCAAAUGGAAAACCCACCUUCUUCAUACUCUGCUACCAGUCGCACACCAUCCUACAUUGCUGUGAUUCAUUAGACAUGCAUUGUCUGUACAUCAACAUGGUUGGAUUCAACUCCUGGAACUCCAUGCCAACCAUUAGUGAAGCAGAGGUUUGGCCACAGUUUUAAUAUUGUAUAUAUUUCUGGGUUCCACACUUUGAUAAGAUGUUUUCAAAAGUGAAUUUGAAUUUGAAUCCAUAGCCUUUCAAAUUUUCUUCCUUUGAGUAUUCACUUAAAAGUGAAUGGGAAAGACUCUGUACACUCCCUACCCAACCUCACUACCCAAUGAGUAUCUUCAUCACAAACGACUGCACUGAUUCAAGAAGAAGGUGAAUGAUUAUCUUGUCAAGGACAAGUAGGUAUGGAAGUUAAAUGGAGGCCUCACCAGUAACACCCUUGUAAAGAUUGUCAAUUUAUAAAGUUAGGAUAACUUAUUUACUUCUGUCAAUAUCCCAUAUGCUUUAUAAUCAUGUUAUCUAACCAUGCUGCUACCUUCAAGUGUCUUGUUCUUCAAGAUCCGGCUGUCUCUCAUAACUCCACAGGAACAUACCUUGCAUGGAGUGUGCCUUAACCUAUGUACUUCCAAAAUGCAUCACCCCACACUUAUUCGGAUUAGACUCCUUCUGCCAUUUCAAGGCUCAUAUAUCUAAUUAGCUAUCAACAUAUAGCCUGACUACCCUGUAUCACCAACUCCACCAAUCUUAUUGAUUAUGCCCCCUACAUCCACAACCAAAUCAUUCACUAAUCCCACUCGGCAGACAUUCAAUCACAAAAACCCUCUCCCAUCACCCUCUGUCUACUCGUGCCAACCCAUUUUUCGAUCCAACCUAUCUGUAAAAAGCUUUCUCAAUGACAUGCAGUUCGUGAAUACUGACUGUAACAUAAUAACAAAGGAGUUCAAGAAUGUCCUAAAUUUAACUUUUCAGAAGAAACGUAAUUUCCAACACAAGAGAACUACAAGUCAGCAAAGGCACUGACCUAGAGCUCUGAACUGAAAAUGAGGAAGAUGAAAUUUGCUACUAAAAGCUGCAACUCUCAUUUCAAGUGAAGCACUAACAAUCUGCGUCCAAUAUUCAACGAGGUGGAGUGCAAUAUAAUUUUAAUAAUUGCAUUUUAGCUUGGAGUUUGAACUGACGCCUGGGUUCCUGGCACACACGUGAAAGAUGGGAUAUCCUGAGGUUUGUUGCAUUCUAUUAUUGAUUUUUAACUUGCAACUGGUGACAAGCUGUGGCUCAGAUGAAUAUAAUUUUCAAGACCUGUGUUGCUCCAUGUGUCAGCCAGGUACACGUGUCUUAAAACACUGCACUGCCACAUUAGAGACUAUGUGCAUUUCCUGUACUCAUGGAACUUACAUGGAUCGUUCAAAUGGUUUAGAAAAAUGCAUGAAGUGUAAAUAUUGUGAUGCAGAGUUGGGACUUGAAACUCAACGAGAGUGCAGUGAAACUCAGGACACUGGGUGUGAGUGCAAAGAAGGAUAUUUCUGCUUGGCAAAAACAAAGGACAAAUGCCACAUGUGUACAAAAUAUAUCACACAUUUUUUGAAUGACAGUAAAACUGAUAAAGGUGACCUCAAACAACAAGCAGCGAAACCAACAGCACAGUCUGUACUUACUCAAGCCAAUGUUAAACCUAUGGAGCCAGAUGGUACACAGAAUCCAUUGCAACCUGUGAACAAAACCGUGAGAAGGAAAACUAUUCCUAAAUCAGAAACAGACAAACUCCUGAAAUGGGAGUUAGCUCCAGAAACAUCCGCAGGAAAGUCCAAGGUUGCACGUGUGCAGGAGCCGGCAACAAUAAGAAAGACACUAAUGACACUGAUACAAUCAAUUGAUCAGACAUUUCCUAAAGAAUCUUUAAAGCUUCAGGAGGCAGGAAACAAAGUUCUUACAGAAUUUCAAAAUAGUGUGCAGACCAACUUGGGGAACAUGCAGAAUGUAAUGCAGGUUGGGCUGGCAGAUAUACAAAAUUCUAUUCAAUCUAGCAUGGCUGGCUUGCAGGGCACUAUAAAAACAGGCAUGGAAGAGAUUAAGAGUGCACUGCAGACAGGAAUGACUGGCAUUCAAGAAGCUUUAAUUUCCGGGAUGACUGAAGUCAAAGGCAUAAAAAUUGGUCUCACUCUGACUGAUAAUACUCUGAAACAAAUACAGGCAAAUUCACAAUCUAACUUGGUACUGAUGACCAAACAGCUUGGUUCACUCGUCAAUGUAUUGACCAAGUCUCCCUCAAACCAGACCAUCCCCUUCAUCCAGUUUAAGGAUAUUAUUUGUAAUAAAGCUGAGACAAUAGAGCAAACAACAAAGCAACCUUAA